AAAAUGAGGAAAAAUCACCCAAUGAAUUGCAAGAUGAAACCAUGGAGAUUCAGGAAUCGGAGACAGUGUCAACUAAUGUGAACACCAAAGCCAUGGAUGGUACCAGUGUUUUUGAUAUUAAACCAAAUUCAUAUGAUUCCAGCAAUAUAGGUGAUGUAUCAAAGGGACAUGAAAUAAAGACUGAAGUCAUUGACUGCAAUGACUCAGCAGAGGAGUACGAUGAUGAACAUAAUGUCGGAUAUGAUGAUGAAUAUGAUGAGUAUAAUGUUGAGGAGGAUGAUUCUGAUAGUGAUAUUCUAUCUACUGAUUCAGGGAGUGACACCUCCUUCCAAGAUGAUAAAAAGGACUUGGACUGGUCACCAGACUUUGAGCAAACCUCUAGUUCCAUUAAAACUAGGAGUAAGAAAACAGCAGAAACAGAUAUUAUUUCAUCUAAUGAUGAUACUUCAUCAGAUGAUUCGGGUGACAAUGACAGUCACACUAGAAAGCAUGCCAAAAAGACUAAAACAAAAACGAAGGGACAGUCUAAAUCAAAGCCUCGUAAAACAUGGCGUGAAAAAUACAUCGAUCAAGCCAUUGGAGAAUUCAAAUGCCCUAACUGCCAGAAUAUUCUAGAGACAAAGUUCAAGCUGAGAGAACAUGUGGAGGCCAAACAUGACCAGUUCAUGUGCCCAUUAUGUGACCAGUGCUUCAACACCAAUGAGGAAAGAGAUCUACACAGACAAGCUCAUUACAGAUUCAACAACACUGAUUCGUCAACAGAAUUCUAUUGCGAAAUGUGUGACCUUAAAUUUACCUCAAAACUUAUUUUCCUUCUGCAUAUGCUACAAAAAGGACACAGGAAGACAAGAGGUUCUACAAGGUUAUGUAUACAAUGCAAAACCUGGAUACCCAAUACAGAUUUUAAGAAGCAUCUUUCAUCCAAACAUGACUUCUCAGUUACACAGUGUUCCAUAUGUAAGGAAAAAUUAGCCAGUAGAAAUGCAGAAACUGAAAUGCAGAAACAUCUUAAUCACAAACACAAAAUACGUAAUUAUAAUUGUGUAUUUUGCGAUCAUUCAUCUUUCACUUUGCGUUAUUUGAAGAGUCAUAUUAUAAACACACAUCACCGUUGGAAGAUUCGCCGAUGCAAAUUAUGCACCUUCACAUGUGGAGCUCGGCACCAAAUGCAGGCUCAUAUUAGGGAAAACCAUAAAUUGGUUACAUCAUGGGUCUGCAAUAAGUGUGGUGACACAUUUGCAGCAUAUAACUUGAAAAUGGCACAUAAAGCUAGAAUGCACCCUACUUUGAUUCCUUGUGAGUAUUGUGGUAAGAAAUUUGACCGCAAAAAUAUGGACCAGCAUGUUCGAGUACAUACUGGGCAUAAGCCUUACAUCUGUGAACAUUGUGGAGAGAAAUUCGCACAGAGAAAUUCACUCAAUUGGCACAUGUCAUCGAAACAUUCUCACUUAGAUGAAGAAAAAAAUAUUUCUAAAAAACUCAAAUCAACUGGAAAGAAGAAAAAGAGUAAAAAUUA